CAGGAAAGUGUGGCAUUCACGACCCAGCGCUCAUGCAGUACAGGUCCUACACAACUGCCUGCCUUCACUUCCCUGACUAGAUCCCAGAACUCGCUCAGAGACGGAGACAGAGAGAGAGAGGCACAUGAGGUGUGUGUAAUAGAGUAGGGAUCAGUUAGGUGAACUCCAUAGGGAAUCUUGACAGUAGAAAGGCAAGUUAGGACACUCACACAACUUUUCCCAAGUUAUUUUACUGCAUUACCUAAGCUUGUAGAAAUGGAAGUAAUCGAAGAUGCCCAUUUGCACCUGGAUGUGCCCGAGCCGCACAAAUCCCUCACCGAGAUCUCCGAUGAUGAAAUCAACCUCCCGGUCUCUGAGGAAGAAGAUGAGGCUGCCGUCGAUAAUAAAUCCAAAUAUAGCGAUGAGAAAGAAGAGAGGGGUGAUGGAGACAAAGGUGAGAUGAAUGGAGUGAUGGUCUUGGCUCUUCUAGAUAAAAUCAUUGGUGCUGUGGAUCAGAUCCAGCAGACGCAGGCUGGGCUUGAAGUCCGUCAGAGGGAGAUGGAGAAGUCGGUGACGGGAAUCCAAGGAGAACUCACCAAACUCUCCAAAAAUCACUCCACCACUGCCAACACGGUCAAUAAGAUGCUGGAGAAGGUGCGGAAGGUCAGCGUUAAUGUUAAGACAGUGCGAGGGAGUCUGGAGAAGCAAGCCGGGCAGAUUAAACGUCUGGAAAGCAAUGAAAAUGAACUUCUGAAGAGAAGAAACUUCAAAGUCAUGAUUUACCAGGACGAGGUGAAAAUACCUACAAAAGUGAAUGUAGCAAAGUCUAUGAAGUUACCAGAGCCUGUAGAGGGUGACGGGGAGCUAGAACUUAAAGCAGCUGCAGAAGAAGGAGGAGAGGACAAAGAGAAAUCACAUCUAGACCUGUCCUCUGAUGAAGAAGAAUUAGAGAUUGAGGAGACCAUCGAUGAGACACGAGCAGAGCGCAUCAAACGUAGCAGCCUACAGCGUGUCCAGAACAUCAGAACCGUUUUCUCCAGGGAAAAGAUGGCGAAAACCAAACAAAAAACGAAGGAUAACCUGGAGAAGACCAAGCAGAAGACCAAAGAUAAUUUAGAAAAAACCCGUGUGAAGACCAAAGAGAACCUGGAAAAGACCAAGCAGAAGACCAAGGAGAACCUUGAGAAGACCAAACAGAAGACCCGAGAAAACCUGGAGAAAACACGUCACAACAUUGAGAAAAAGAUGGGCAAACUCGGCACUCGCAUGUCAGUGAACCCCGAGCACAAAGAAAAGCUCAAGACCUCACAGAAGAAGAUGGUAAAGUCCUUCACUCCAGACCACACCAUCUAUGCCCGCUCCAAUACAGCCAUCUACAAGGUGCCACCCUUCACCUUCCAUGUGAAGAAGAUCCGUGAGGGAGAGAUGGAGAUCCAGGGAACCGAAAUGGUGGAGGUUGGUGGAGAUGCAGAAGAGGUGGAGAAUGAAGUGAUGGAGGGAGAAGAUGAGGAGAUGGAGAUGCAAGAUGGAGAGAUGGAUGACGAUGAGGAUGAGGCGACAGAAGACAGCCCUGAGAUGCGGGCACUGCUGAAGAGGGGAGAAGUCUCUGAGCUGGUGUUGGUGGAACAAGACCAUGACCGAGAUAGCGAUUAGACAAAACAUUGUCUUCAUUUCUUUAUGUGUUUUAGGGUGCCUACACACUAGAGACUGCUCUCUAAGAGCAUUUGUAUGCAUGAUAUCGAUUUUGAGUAUUUCUUACUGUUGUCUAUGCAUAUUAAGUCGGGGAGCAAGUAUUUCAACAUAAAAAAGUUACACAAUUCGCUUUAGCAUUUUGUCAACGUUAAACUGCAUAAUAGACCUCUGCAUUUCUCUUGCUUGUCACAUCAUUCCCAUUAAAAUCAUUGGAUGUAAAAUCUAGUGUGUGGGUGCCUUAAGAGUGUGUUCUGUAUGAUGCAGAUGUCUAAUGUUGCAGGAAAGUGAUUUUGUGUUUGUGUGUGUAUGACAGCAUGUGUGUGUAUUUUCAGUGUUUUUUUUUCUGACAGCAAAAGAUUUAAAUGUAAACUGACUUCAUUCAGAUUGAGAUUUACUGGGAUUGAGAUUUACUUUGCUAGUCCAUGUAACAUCUUUGAGUUCAUAAACUUUUUUAAAUGUGUGAUUGUGAACAAGGUAUUGUGACCAAUAAGAUGAAACAAUGUGUAAGGUAAUGGCCAUUGUGGUCAUUGGACAAAAUAAAAUAACCGUGCAUAUAUAAGACCAAUGACAGAGAAAGAGAUCAAUUUAAUAACAGACUUGGACAAGUGUUAUACAGGACGUUUUGAUAGAUUUUUCUUUUAUGUUCUAUGUAAAGAUAUAUGAGUCACGUCACUUAUCAUAGACAGUAGAUUAAAAAAGAGCCUGAAAUAUUGCUUCUAUCGCUACCUUUUAUAUAUCUUUUAUAUAUCUUAUCGUUUAAUGUUGCAUUACUUUAUAAUAGGCUGUCACUGUCAAACUGUUACACUGAAUGUUUCAUUGGAUGUCAAUGGAACAAUACUUGUACAUCUUCAAAGGACGGGAAAAAUAGAAGACACCGCAUUUGAACAUUGAAUCGCAUUUUUUAUCCUCAGAUGUUGCAAUUUAUGAAAAAUAUUGAUAAUUAACAGAAAGGAUAUUCAUACAGUAGUCUCAGGAUAGCACGAUGCAGGUUUGCUUAACUCUCUAAAAGAUACACAGAAGGUAACUUUGCUCUCACCCCUACCACUGUUUGUGUUAUUUUGGCACAUCCCCUGGUGGACAUGUGUGGAAGUGUUACAAUGGACCAUUCAUUGCUGAGCCUUUGGCGUGUCAGCUACAGAUUAAAGAGCUCAGAAGAAACAAAAUAAUUCUGAAUUGCAUGACAGCUACUGGCGAAAAAAUAACCUGAUCUCGAAUAAAUGCUAUCACAUUUACAUUUACAUUUAGUCAUUUAGCAGACGCUUUUAUCCAAAGCGACUUACAGAAGAGGGAAACAAUUCUUCACCAAUACGUUUUUUCUUUUUUUCUUCUUUUUUGUUUUACAUAUAAAGCACACACAUUUAUCAGAUGUGCCCGAAAUGGUUUCUCUUCAUUUCUAAUAUUGUAUUAUUUUCUGCUUCAUAAUCUUGUCAGAGUCCUGCUUCACUAGCGUCUUGCUUUUGUUAUUUUAUACAUUUAUUUUGUUUAGGUGAAGCAAUGAAUAUUUCUUCUGGAAUGUCACAUUUCUUAACCACUAAUGUGUUCAAUAAAGCAUUCUGCUUCACAUUUAA